CUAUGAAAAUAUUUCUAUGAAAAAAAAUACUCAAUACAUAUAUUACCAAAUAACAAUGGCAAUACUUUUAAGAAGAUGUUUACCUACAAAUUUUCAAGCUACUAAUGUGUGGCAGAAGUACAUAUUUCUUUCAGGAUUGAAGCCACUAUGCACAUCAAGUAUCUCUAACAAAUAUGCUUCCAUGCAGCUUAAAUACGGUGCAGUAAUGACUCAACCUCUGGAAGACAACUCCUUAAAACCCCUUGUUGUUAUUCUUGGCUGGAAUGACUGUAAACCAAAGCAUUUAAAGAAAUACAGUGAUAUUUUUGAAGAUAAAGGAUGGUCAACCAUAUGCCUGCCUGCUAAAUCAUUCAACACCUUCUUCAGAACAGGAACUAAAGUCAAGAAACUUGGAUUAUAUAUAGCAGAGGUUAUAAAAGAUCAGACAGAGAAAGACCAACCUGUGUUUUUGUACUCAUUUAGUAAUGGUGGCAUUGCUGUUUAUUUCCAUCUCACAGAAGCAUUGACGACACCUGGUGGUCAGUUUUAUAAUUCAUUCAAUGUUGUUGGUUCUGUUUUUGACAGCUGCCCAAACAAACCAACCAUUGAGAGUAUCGAACGAGUUCAAAUAUCCAUCACAGAGCAAAUGAAGAAUUCAGUUCUUCGCUCAAUAGUUUGGUAUGCAGUGAGAUUAUUCUUACCUUUUCUGGUCAAAACAACCCCUCUUUUGCAUCGCAUUUUUGAUGACCUUGGUAAACUACCAUUAAAGUCCCCACAAUUGUUUCUCUACUCAAAGGGUGAUUAUUUAGCUUACUGUGAUGAUAUAGAGGAACAUAUAGAAGAUCGUAAAGCACAAGGUGUCAGGGUGUUCAGCAAAUGCUGGGACGACUCACUACAUGUUCAACAUUACAUAAAGUACCCAGAGGAAUAUCUCAAAUUACUUCAAGAGUUUGUUACAAUGUGUUUAAAAGAAAGGGAAUGACAUUUGAAAAAUUACAUUUUAUUCACUGAA